AUGUAUUUCAGUGUUCAGCUGGUCCACUCCGUCUCUCUCUCUCACUCAUUCUCCAUCUUGCGUGAAGCCUCCUGCAUCGUGUGUGAGCAAGUGUGCCUGCGCACACUGUACAAGCGCCAUCACACGUUGAUACACAACAGACGUACAUACGUGAGGGCAUCUUUUCCUCUUCUUCUCUCUCUUCUCUUUCAAACACACGCGCGCCUGUGUGUCGCGCUGAUCGGGUGUGUUGACUCGUCUUCAUCUUUCACCACUGCUACUUUUCCCCCUCAAUUUCUCUAUCGCACGGCUUUCUCAGCCAUGCAGCCAACGAACUUGCCGCGUGUCUCGAGAGCCGUGGCGCGCCUGUGCGCCAUCCUCGGCGAUGAGCUGUUCCCGAUCGUGAUUUGGCUGGGCAUGUUUGGUGCCGUGCGUCUCGCACCCGCCCUGGUGCUGCGCUUAUCAAUGUCGUUCCCACAGGUGAUGGACGUGCCACGGCUGCUGCUUUGGCGACGAAGGCGCGAUGUCUCCGGCGGUGCCACGAGCAGCGCUGUUGUGAGCACCAGCAUCAGCGCCGCUGCCGACGCCGCCGCCGCGCACCUUGCGGAGCUGAUCAAGAACACUCCUCCUGGUUCUAGCAGCAACGGCAUUCGCCUCAGUGGUGGCAGCAGCAGUGGUGCUUACGACGCAACGCUCCGUGCAUCGUGGCAGCGUUUCUAUCAUCAAUCUCUCGAGGUGCUCGUUUCCAUCGUCACAUACUCGAGACGUCUGUGGACGUAUCUACUCUUCCAGCGCAGCCAGCGCACGCCGCUCAGGGAUGCGGCUGCCGCAGUCCAACGUGGUGGGGGCGGCCGACCCGCGGUGGUGGAGCUCCUCGUGCGCCUUGUGACAAGCUUCACCUCUACGUGGGUUCACGCAAGCGGCAACAUGCUCUUCGACACCAUCGUCACCUAUCUCAGCACUCGCAUCGGAAGCUGGGGUAGCGGCAGCGUCGGCGGUGGCAACGCCAUUGGUGGCAGUGGCAGACGAUACAGCAGCCUCAGCAACGGCUGGCGAGACCUGCUCGUCGCGUCGUGCGUGUCAACUGGACUCAACUUUGUACUACAGACGUACUGGGUGGAGGCGUUGACGGCCAUAGGCGAGCUGCGGGCGCUGCCGCUGGCGACUACUGCUGGGGAUGCGCUGUCGCCGUCUUUCAGCGAGCGGAUACAGUUUAUGCUCUCGGCCCUCUCUCGGCUAGGCAGCAAAGAAUCCCUGUACCGGCUGUGCUGCAUGGCGCUGCGGCUGCAGCCGCAGUCAGACCAGCGAUCGAGCGCUGCCGAAGAGGGGCGGGCGUACUCAUCGCCGCCGUCGCCGUCAGGCAGAGCAGCGCUGCAGCCACUCACUCGUGCCGCGCCGCCGCCGCCGUCGUCCCUGGAUUCCGGCACCUUGCGAACGCCGUCCCAGCCGGCACGCGUGUACCUGUGCGGCGGCAAUGCCUUCGUGUUCGCCCUCAGCGGCUUCCGCUUUGCCUACUACGGCGACCCGCAGCAGUUCACGACGGCUGCGUCAAACUGCAUUACGGACGCCCUGGACCUUGUGCUGCGGCAGGCGCGUCAACGGGCCGCAGCGCAAAACGGCCGUGUGUCGGAGGCGCUGCUGGAGGGGCAGGUGUGGCGGCCACCAGCGUCGUCGCUGUCGUCCAGCCACGACGUUGUUCUUGCUCCCGCCGCCUCCCUGCAGCUCCUUCCUCUGUAUAUGGCGAACUUUGCUGUUGGUGCCAGCGUCGGUCUUGUGUGGCGAGAGCGCCGCCACCUCGCCAUUGUCCGCCGUGUGCCGCUUCUUGGAAAAGUUGUUGAGCUGCUGUUUCCACUGCCACCGCCGCCACUACGGCUGCCUGAGGCGUUGCAGGAGCUAAGCCCGGAGCGCAAUGUGCUGCUGUUGCACUCAGAUGGUCGCGCUGAGGUGUCCGGGGACGCACUGCAGCUGGCGCCUGCUUUGAAGGCGGAUGAGCCGACAGCGACGACGAUGCCGGAUGUGUCGUCUGCGGGUGACCCUCCCGCGCCGCGAGUGAUACGCAUCGUAGCUGCGCAGGACCUGUUCUGCCCCAUCAAGCGCACGCUAAUGUGUGACCCUGUGCAGACCGCUGACGGCUUCACAUACGACCGUGACGGUAUCGAGGAGUGGCUGCGGGGGCACAACACGGCGCCGCUCACAAAUUUGUACUUAGGCAGCGCAGCGCUGCGCGUGAAUUGCCGAGCGCGGCAGAAAAUCAGUGGUCUUAUCCUGCAGUACACCACUGCAAUGGGGGUGUUGAUCAACUGA